UUUGUACUUCGGACUCCUUGCUCUGACGUCGUCGCCCGUGGGUCUUGCCUGCUGGCUGGUUGUCCUAGCUUGUCUUCUUAUCUUGGCAUCUGUGCACAAAAUACAUUGCCUGAGGCAAGAUCUCCGACGCCCUCACUUUCGUUAGGAACCCGUCGAUCCAAGGAUGCUGACGCACAUUCCGUUCCCCGCGCUACCGGUCCCUCCGUCAUGGUUUCCCGGACACAUGCUCCAGUUCCAAAAGAUGCUCCCAGCGCUGCUCAACAAGACGGAUGUCGUGCUGGAGCUACGAGACUCGCGUCUCCCGCUCACGAGCAUCAAUCGCAACUUCGAAGGUGCACUGCAAAAAUGGAGACGGGAACGCGGACAUGGACCAUCGACUGCCAGCUCGUCUCUGGAUACGCCGACUGCCGGCCCGAGUAAUGGACCUAUCUGCGAGCGGGUAGUGGUUUUCAGCAAGCGAGACCUGGUGCCGGAAUGGGGGAUCAAGCCUUUCCAGCGGGCGUUGGCCAACAAGUACCGCGACCAACAACAUUUCUUCGCUUCGUGGAACCGCACACGUGAUAUCAAGGCACUGAGCGAGCUCCUAGUCAAUGUAGCGAAGGAACAUCCGUACAGAUCGGAGCUCAACGUGCUGGUUGUCGGGAUGCCCAAUGUGGGCAAGUCGACGUUGCUGAAUGCGCUCAGGAACAUCGGAAUAGCAGGACCGACGCCUAAAGCGCUGCGGACGUCUGCGCACCCGGGGAUGACUCGUGUGCUCUCAACUCGGCUCAAGCUGUCAGUGGAACCGCUCGUGUACGCGUACGACUCGCCCGGAGUGAUGCUCCCAUUUUUGGGCCGGGACAUGACGGGAGCAGAGCGAGGGGUGAAGCUAGCACUCAUCGCCGGGAUAAAGGAGGGCUUGUACGACACUGAAGCGCUCGCGUCGUAUUUGUUGUACCGGCUGAACGUGCUGGACCCUGUCUCCCCAGCGUAUCUGAAGCUCCUGCCCUCCGGCACACCCCCACUCCUCGACGUGCACGAAUUCCUGAACUUGCUCGCGAAGCGAUUAUGCAUGCUCAAGCGUGGUGGUGUUCCUGACUCCUCGCGCGCCGCGGUAUGGUUCAUCAGGUGGUGGCGAGAAGAGGGUGGGCUCGCGUCUGCGUCCGCGCCGGCACUUCCCGAUUACUCAGCAGCUUCAGGAAUGGAGACGUUCCGCCGCGGAUGGGGCUUCGAUUUGGAAUGGAGCGUUGAUGCUGCGCAAGCUGGCAGAUACAACGAGGCGACGAUCCAAACAAAGAUGGAGGAAUGCAUCGACAAAUUUGAAGAGGCUGCGGUUGAGGAGGAACGGGAGGGCGGUUCUAUCAGCUCGACGCAGGAGAAAAAGCGGCUGAAGGAGCAACAAAAGACGAGACAGCGUGCACGGUCGAGUGCGAGACUGGCCGCUCGCAGGGGGGCGUGAGACGGUAAAGUGAAAUGUCUGACAUUUACACCGGCAUGGGAGGGCUUAUUCGGGAUAGACACAU